GUCUGGUGCCUUCUAGCGUCGCCGCAGAUGAUGCUGGCGUGGGCGACGGAGCGGGUGGGCCUUAUCUAAAGCCCUUCAUAGUGGGUUUUAAUGAGCCCCCAGCAUCUCAGUUGUUCUCCACAGUAUGUUCAUAGUCUGCUCUUUUCCCAUUCCUGAUUUCGCUCUGCUUCAUCAGUACUAGGUUUCAGACUAUGAAGAUUAACCAAAAUACUGUAUUGCAGGGGAAGAGGGUAACCCUAGUACCAUACACUCCUGCUCAUGUACCCAGGUACCAUGAGUGGAUGAAGUCUGAAGAACUGCAGCGUCUGACUGCAUCUGAACCACUAAGCCUCGAACAGGAAUACGAGAUGCAGUGCAGUUGGCGGGAAGAUACAGACAGUGAGAUUUCUGAAUAUUUGGCAGGACUUGGAAAUGGACAGUCUACAGAUACGUUGGAAUGCACGUUUAUAAUACUUGAUGCUGAAAAGUGGUCUAGGCAGAAAGCCACAGAAGAAGAUUGUAUGGUUGGAGAUGUGAACUUGUUCCUUACCAAUUCUGAAGAACCAACUGUGGGAGAGAUAGAAAUCAUGAUUGCAGAGCCCAGCUACCGUGGCAGAGGGUUUGGCAAGGAGGCCACUCUCAUCAUGAUGUCCUAUGGGAUUACGCAUCUUGGACUCAGCACAUUUGAAGCAAAAAUUGGAUUGGAAAAUGAAACCAGUAUUGGCAUGUUCAAAAAACUUCAUUUUAAGGAGGUGGGAGUAAAUAGUAUAUUCCAAGAAAUGACACUGAAACUGAUUGUGGAUGAACAAGAGAAGCAGUGGCUAUGUGAGCAAACCAAUGAAGUGACUGAAACAAAGUACAGUGUCAUGAAACUGCAGCAUCACAAUUGUGACAGCUGAGAAGCUAUGCUCCAUUUGUCUAAAAUUUAGAAGAAUGGCUCCAGAAUCUGAAUCAUGUCCUGAAUCCAUGGCAUUCAUUCUUGCUGAAGAAAAAAAUGAUGUAUGACCUCUGCCUUGUUAUUGCCUUUGGUACUUUUUUUUCUAAGGAUGUAAACAUCUAGGGUAGCUACAAUGAACUGCAUCAUCUUUGUGAGAAAAAAGGAUUUUCAGCUGAAAAUGCGCUCAGCUUGAACUGAGUUUGAUCAACAGCUGUUGUCAGAACAAUGUCAUAGACUUGUUUACCAUUUAAUUCAGUGCAAAUUACAAAGUAUGGCUGAGUUGUAUUUUGGGGCAAGGAAUCUCAAGGAUGGGUGUUACAAAUAAGUUGAGAGUGCUCUCACCAAAUGGCUGCCUUUUAUCAAAAAACCUCAGAUGUUUUUCCAACUUUCCAGUCUAGAAAUUUCCUAGUGGUCUCCCAUCCCAGUGUUAAUCCAGUCCAAAACUGCUUGGCCUUUUCAAGUUCAGCCAAGUUAGGGUUGUUUUCUUUUAAAUAAGAACUAGAGGGAUAAAACAGCUAGUGCCCAUGAAGAGAGCUGACUCUACUCUGCUGUAGCAUGUUUAUUAUAUAUCAUUCAUGAAUUAGGUAUGACAUUAGUAAAAACAUCAACUUGAGCUAGAUGCAGAGCUUUUAUUUAUUUAUUUAUUACAAAGUGCUUUACAAAUGCCGAUGUUUUACAGUUUCAAAAACCGUAGUAGGAAUAUGGUCGAGAAAAACAUAUCCAUUCUUGACAUGCACUGAUCAGUCUAAAGUCACAUUAAAAAUCCUAUAGAUUUCAGCCCAAAAUGUGGGAAUAAUUGGGCAAGUCCACAUCAAUUAAUGUUUAAACUCUUAAAUUAAACCUCCAGAAGUAUUACAAUUGCAUCCAAUUGUACAAUUACAAUUGUACACAUCCAAUUAAACAUCCUUUGUGUCCAAUAUAUACAAAAUAUUUUGGUUGUGUAAAUCUAAUUUUAAGAUCAAAGGAAAUUAACUUCAUAUUCUUCAAAGUAACCUUCCACUGAUUUACUAGGACAGGACAUCCUUAAUGUGUAUUGCAAUAUAAAUUAGUGUCCAAAUAAAUUAUGGCUGAUGAAUUCUAUUUUGUGUUAAAACAACUAUAUUCAUUAAGAAAUCUCAUACUGUCAGAAUUCUGAUGGCUCCAUUUCAUUCCAGCCUGGCUGGAUGCACAAUAGUUGGAAGACCAACUUUUAAUCUAUAGGACAAGUAGUUAUUAGAAUCCUAGCAUCUACAUUUAUCAAGGGAAUAGAUGUAUAAUUAGAAACUGGGGAAUUAAGUAUAAUAUUUCUCAUUUUAAAGCUAAAGGAUAAGAGUUUAUUUAGAAAAGUGUCAUAUAUCUCCAAUAAAAUGGGAAAUAAAAACUCAGUAUAAUUUUUGUACCUAUUCAUUGGAAAUCUAUCAGGGCUAAAUUACAACGGAUUUAAUUGUAGUGACAAUUGAAGGAAAAGAGAAAUAAAUGUUAGGAAUCUGGUUCUGUAAUCUCUAGUAAUUCACAUUAUGUAAAAAAUAAUCAGUUUCCUUAUAUGUUGAGAAAGAACUGGAGAACAACAUUUUUAAAAACUGUUGAUUAAUAGAUUCUUAGUGUGUUAGAACACAACAUGUACCUCCUAGUUGGUGGGGUGAUGGAACAGCAUGUUGGCUUGAAAUGUGGUCUCUGAAUUAGAUAUUAGAUCAAAUCUUCCAUAGAAUACUUUGACCCUUUUUGGAAUAACACUGGGCUUUGGCCUGCUUACGGUAUACUGGCCAAAAUGUGCAAAAACUGACCAAAAUUGUGUCCUUACUAACAGCAGAAAAUGCUGAUUGUGUUUUGAUAGAAGCCUACACAAUUCUUGUUUCAACUUACUAAGAAGCAUUGCAUAAAAGAAUCAGGUGACCAAAGAUAUAAUGUACCGUGGAGGUCAAUAUGCAUGGGCCCAUCUGUUGACAGUUAUGGCCUAUAGAAGAUUGUGACUCAGAAUGUAAGAAGAUAUAUGGUAAGGCAUGAAUUAAUGAAUGAAAGGAAAGACAGACAAAUAUUUACUGGAUUCUUGAAAAUAAGAAAAAGGGGAAAGCUGCAAUAGAUCUGAAUCAGAAUUAAGGAGUCUGAUCCCGUGGAACUGAGUUGAUGAAUACAUGUAUGGAAGCAAAAGUGUAGCUUUAAUUAUAAAUAAAAGUAUUAAAAUGUAUGUCAAAAAGUAUGAGUUGUGGGUGCGUAUGAAAGUAGAAAUUCAUAGGUUGGAGUUAGGCUUCAGUGAAGAAGAAUAAUAAUACUGAAAGAAUCAUGGAUGUGUUUUGGAGAAAGGUAUAUAACCUUCUGAAUGAAUGCAAUCCAAAAUCUGUUCUGAACACGAGAUUUAAACAGAAUGCCUACACAUACCAAAUGAAUGAAUCUAAAAGCGUGACUGAUUUGAUUGUGAUUGUUCAUGUUAAAAGACUGAGAGAAUAGUGAAAGAUCCAACAGUGAUGAAGAGUUUUGAAUGUAGGGCAGACCAUUUUUUGGUAGUGUCAAGAUUGGAUCUUGGGGGGGAAAUAGACACAGAACAAAAGGAAAGAAGUGAACAUCUAGAAGAAAAGUGGAACAGCCACAGGAAGAAAAAGUACAUCCUGAAUGAAAAAGUAUUAGAAGGUAAAUUACAGUAAUCUAACUGAAUGAAUGGAAAUUGGAUGUAAGGAAAGAUGAUAUGGAAGCUAUUUGGAACAGCGUAAAUAGUUAUGUAACCCCACUUGUAUGUGUGAAGUUUUAUGAAUGGAAAAUAUGAAAAAGGAUGCUUGGGAUGGGGAAGAGGAUGUGAUGAGGAAGACGUAUGUGAGAGACUGACUGCUGCACAGAAUAAGAAUGAGGAAAAGCUAAUGUGUAUAGAGAAAAAAAGGUAGUCAAAUACAGCAAGCAACAGUUAACAUUAAAAGAUACAGAGCAUGCAGAGUGAUUUUGAUGGAAGCAAAAAAUCUUUUGGAAGGGGGUCAAGAGGACUAAACAAGAAUCCUUCAGCAGAAUGAUUGGAAUUAGAAACAGUGAUUAAAUUAUUUGGCAUGAAACUGAGGGAGUGCUGAGAAGAGUAUUUUAGAGAUUUGUACAGGGAUGAUAGUGAUGUGUUGAAGAGUAGAAUUGAAGUUAAUAAUACAUGUCUUAGCAUCCAAGAAAUAUAUUAGAAGAAAUGUAAAAGUAAGUUAAACACAACAGGAAUGGAUAUUUAUGUAUGUAUGGUAAAAGAAGGGGUGGUAGUGUCAAGAGUAAAUGGGUGCUCAGUGAUUGUGAACUGAAUACAAAAUUAAGGGUGGUUCCCAGUCUGCUGGCAUUCCAUUAAGCUUUGGUUGUUCUUCCAGGCCUUGAAGUGAGACAGAUGGGCCCCUUGGGUUAGGCUUUUUGUUUUCUGUUUGUAUAUUGUAUCCAGAUGCCAUCUUAUUUUUGGUUAGUAUUGGUUUUUAUGUUACUAUUUGUGAACCAGCCAGAGUCAGUUGGAUUCAGACAGUUUUCAAAUUUAAACAAGCAAAUAUCAAAUCAAAUCUUUAUUACUGUCCAAGAAAGGCAUAGCAAGCAAAUAAUAUGUAUAAAAGAAGUACAUUGAGGUGGCUUGGAUAUAUAGCAAGAAAGAAUGAGGAUUAAAUUGACUAACAAAUAUAAGAAGGAAGAGAGGUUGGAUUGAGAGAGAGACAAGACUGAGAAAGUCAUGCUUGGACAGAGUUCAUAAGAUCCUCAAAAAGGGAGAGUAUAUAAUGUGAUGGAAGCAAGGAUGGUUUGCAAAGGUAAAAUGAUGUGAAGAGAUGCAGUGAAUGUUGUAGUAUAAAUUAGAUUCAGAUGGAUUUUCUUUCUUUAUCUCUUGCCUCCUGCCUUUAAUUUCUCUGGAUUACUAUUUCUUACGCCUUUUCUAAAAUAAUUUCAUCUGCUAUUUCAGGAGUAUGAAAGCUUCACUGAAGAGAAGCAAUCAUAUCUGUAAGGACUGAACAGCAAAAGACUUCCAUUACUCUACAGAGAAUUCAUAAUAUACUGCACAACUUUGUGUUUAUCAGGAUGCCCCUACUCGAAAAGCUAAGUUUCAGUCUAAGUAAGGCCAAAAUCAUUCGUCCCUUUUAUGGUGCAAUUGCAGAUUCUCCAUGAAUGAUUGAUAACUACAUCUAUAACAUCCUACAUAUUCCACAUAGGAAAUUUUUUACCUUGGCUCAAAUUGGCACCCUACAUAUUAUGGAGACUCUAGGCAAAUAUACUAGUCUCCUGUACAACAAUUGUAUGUGUACCUGCUUAGAUAUAGAGGUUGAGUCAGUAAUCCAUGUAUUGUUACACUACCUUUUGUACCACCCGUAGAAUCUGGCACUUAUAAACUUGGUUGUCAGAAAAUUUAGUGUUCUCUCUGAUCAAGAAAUUACAAUUUUCAUUCUGUAAAACCUAACUUGGACAACCUCUAUAAAGGCUGCCAAGUUUCUAGCAAUAGCUAUGGCUUACAGAGGCGGGCUGAGAUCUUCUCAUUAUUAAUUGUCUCAGGUUUGGUUUUUCUGUAUUUCAAAUUUUGUAUUAGUAUUUUAUUGGUCUGGGAAUCUUAAUUUUGCUGCCUGCAAAUUUAAAGUACAAAAUGGAAAAAAGUUUUAAAUUUUAGCAGAGAUUAGUUUAGGCAGAGUGUUCAUAUGUCAGAUGGCCUGAGGAGUGCUUCUGCUGUACUGUUUUGUUCUCACUUUCAAAGUGGUGACAAUCAGUAGCAAUCUUCUGAACUAGAGGCUUGUCUCUUUGUAGAAGCUGGUGAAAGCAUUACAGUCCUUCUGAUAAUGAGUGAACGGAUGCAUUUGCCAAGCAGAUGUCAGCAAAGUGCAAGACAGCAACAAUUAUAGAAAGGAGGGCCAGAAGUAGUCAGAAGCAAUUAUGGCUCUGUUCUUGAUGAGAUGUGAAUGACAGAUUUAGUACUAUGAAAGUCCACUGAAGAGAAGCAGACAUAUCUGUAACGAGAGAACAGCAAAAGACUUCCCAUCGCUUUACAUGGAAUUAGAUACUAACAAGGCAGUCCUUUGCAGAUAUACUCAGAACUUGCUAUAGCUGUUACUAUAGAGCAUACUUCCAGAUAUGUAAGCAUCAAGUUGCAGCAUUAGAUACAUAUAUUGUGAAUGAAAUGCUGCUCAGUCGUGGCAGAAGAGUACCAUAUUCUAAGCCUCACUGAUCUGUUGUUGGUCAUGAACGUGCCAAUGGCAGGACAGCUUUUCCUUUUAUCUGGUCAGUGAAGUUUUUCUGUUCUUCCCAUUGCUUCUUCCUUGUCAGGAAGAUAUCCUGCUGCUUCUAUGCCAUGAUUCUCCACUCUCCAUGUUUUCACAAUAAUCAUAUAAGAAAGGUUAGCUGAGGAAGAAUAAUUGGUCAACACUCAGUGAACUUCAUGGCUGACCAAGUAUAUGGGCCAGGUCUGCCCAUGUGAGAUUAGAUUUUAACUAUUAAUACAUACUAAACCCAUUGGUCUGGGCCUUCAGCCUCUUCUGAUCAAGCCAUAAACUAGGUAUCCUUUUUAUGAGAAAUCAUUUGUGAGGCACCAGAUUACAGUGAUUCCAUUUCUAUCUGAGUGCUUGGGUCCAAUCAGUGGUGGCAACAAAGAGACUUGGGUCCUUGGACAUUGUUUUGGAAAGCUCAACCUUUUAGGAAACACCAGCCUUGACUAACAAUGGCCUGUACGUCCCCAGAAAGAACAGAUUUGCAGUCUGGGGAGUCCUCCUGACUCACAGCUCCUGCUGGAAGAGGAAGCCAUGGCCAAAACAGCCUUUGCCCAGUUUCUGAUAGUGUGCCAGUUGUGACCUUAAUUGGACCAGGAUGCACUGAGGACAGUCACACCUGUCAUCUCUUGCCUAGGUUAGUGUAGUUUGCUCACCCUGGAGCUGCCUUUGAAGACCACUGCAGAUCCAAAAUGCAGAGGCCUACAUGCUUAUUGGGAAGUCAUGAUAUGCCACAUGACAUCAUUGCUGCAGGAUCUGCUCUGCCUACCAUUGUGUUUCUGAGUGCAAUUCAAGGUGCCAGUUGCUAUCUUUACAGUCUUAUACCACCUGGUGUCUGGGUAGCCUUUCCCAGAUCGAUUCUAACUGCCUAAUUUGGAUGGCAGAGAGCCCCUGCUAAGGGCUUCCCCCUACUGUGAGAUGUGAUCGGAGAAAGUCUGUUAAUGGUGUUGUGGGAGCUAUGGAACAGCCUGCCCCUGAGUUCACCUUCUGCAAGUUAAAAACUUGGUGCUUCCACUAGCCCCUUGGGGAUUUGUUAGGGAGUUUUCAACACCAAAAUUGAUUUCAUUGUUCUAUUCUUGUAUUGUUUAUUAUUUAAUAUUACUUCAUUAGUAGUAUUUGUGCAACAGGUAGAGUCUUUCUGGACUGAGGUCGUAUGUAAAGUUCAUCAGUAAACAAAUACAGAAAUAAAGGGGGCUGCGUAUUAAUGGGAUCCCAUGAUAUGCUUAUUGUUUUGUUUAAACUGAGUUGGUUCCUCGGCUGUUACAUGUGUUGUUGUGUUUUAUAUACCAUUAUGUUUUUGCAUUGUUUUUAAAUGCUGUAAGCCACAACAAAUCACUAUUGUGAGAUGGGCAACCAUAUAAA